AUGAACGGCUAUCCACCCCCCAUGGGCAUUCCCGCCCCUGCCUGGCGGGCAGUCAAGACGGCAGACGGCAAAGAGUACUACCACAACGCCGCGACCAAUGCGACGACGUGGGAGAAGCCUGAUGAGUUGAAGGACGAAGUCGAGCGCGCGAUCGAAGGCACUGGAUGGGCGAGGCAGCUCACGGCCGAGGGCAAGGCGUACUACUACCACAAGGACACGCGACAGACAACAUGGACCGUCCCCGACGCCGUCCAGGACAAGAUCAACCAGGCCCAGGCCCAGGCUCAGGCCAACAUGCCGCCCCAACGCCCUCCAGCGGGCCCUGCAGGAUGGGCCGCGGGCCCUGCCCAGCUCCCGCCUACGAACGACUUCCGCCGCCCCGAGCGCGAUGAGUACCGUCCCGAGCGCCGCGACCGUGACCGCGACCGUGACCGCGACCGUGAACGUGACCGCGACCGCGACUUCGACCGCGAACGCGAGGGCGGCUUUGGCGGCGACCGUCCGAGGGUCGAGUUCUCGACCGGCAGCGAGCUCCAGUUCUCGAGCGCGCAGGAAGCCGAGGCAGCCUUCGUAAAGGUCCUUAAGCAGAUGAAGGUCCAGCCAGACUGGGACUGGACGCAGGCGGUCCGCGCAGGUGUCAAGGACCCCAACUGGCGCGCCAUCCCCGAGCCCGAGAAGCGCGAGGAGGCCUUCAAGAGGUACUGCGAGGAUCUUCGCGCACAGGAGAAGAACAAAGAGCAAGAACGCCAGGCCAAAUUGCGCUCGGACUUCACCGCCAUGCUUCGAUCCCACCCUGAGAUCAAGUACUACACGCGUUGGCGGACCGCUCUGCCCAUCAUCGAAGAGGAGACCAUCUUCCGCUCGGCCAAGGAUGACAACGAGCGCAGACAGUUGUUCGAGGAGUACAUCGUCACCCUCAAGAAGGCGCACGAAGAAGACGAGGCUGAGGCCAGGAAGUCUGCCCUCGACGAGGUACUUGGCCUUAUGCAGAGCCUCGACCUGGAGCCUUUCACCCGCUGGCAGACGGCCGAAGCCAAGCUCGAGCAGAAGGACGAGUUCAACAGCGAGAAAUUCCAGACACUGAGCCGUAUGGACGUCCUCAAUCAAUUCGAGCGACACAUUCGCCAGCUUCAGCGCGAGCACAACGACCGAGUCCAAGCUGAGCGCCGCGUCAAGCACCGCGUCGAGCGCAAGAACCGAGAUGCUUUCAUGAAGCUUCUGAACGAGCUGAGAGACAGCGGCAAGCUCAGAUACGGCACAAAGUGGAAGGACAUCCAUGGCCUCAUCGAGAAUGAGCCACGCUACACUGCUAUGCUUGGACAAAGCGGUUCCUCGCCUGUUGAUCUAUUCUGGGAUGCUCUGGAGGAGGAGACGGGCAAGUUCCGUACACUGCGCCGCUAUGCGCUCGACGUGCUCGAGUCUCAACGCUUCGAGGUCACCACAGCAACCCCCGUCGAACAGUUCUUGAGUGUCAUGCGAAAAGAUCCUCGCACAGCUAACAUUGACGAACAGUCGAUGCAUGACAUCUACUCGUACAUUCUCGACAAGGUCAAAAAGCGCGAAGAAGACGAGCGCAAGAUCGAGGAGUCCGACGAGCGUCACGCGGUCGACCGCCUUCGCUCCGUCAUUAAGCGCCUCGAGCCUCCUGUCGAGCUACAGGACACUUGGGAAGUGGUACGUCCCCGUGUUGAGAAAACAGACGAGUAUCGCGCACUGAAGUCAGAUACCCUUCGAGAGAGCGCUUUCGACAAGUACAUGCAGCGACUCAAGGACAAGGAAAGCGAACGACGCGACCGCAGCAGGCGUGACGACCGCAACAGAAGCAGAGAUAGGCGUGACCGCGGCGACAGAGAUCGUGAGUACCGCAACGGUGAUUCUCAUCGCCGUGAUCGUCACCGAACCCGCACUCGCUCACCUGAACAUGACCCGUACGCUGCUGAGCGCAGGCGGGCACAGCAGGACCGCGAGGCCAGGUAUAGGGAUACCGAACGUACAGGUCUUUCGCCCCCGCGCCGUCGCGAACAUCGCGAUGACGAUCGUUACGAGCGCCGCCGCAGUCCCACGGGAGAUCACUAUGGCCGUGAGCGCCGCGAGCGCGAAGUCGAGCGUGAGAGAACCUACGUAAGCCGCGCUGAUCCACGCGAGGGCAGUGUCAGCCUCGACUACGGCGAUGGUACGAGUAGGGCCGCUCCAUCUCGCCGCCGUCGUGAGAGCGACGCGAGUACAAGCCGUCGCGAUGCCAAGCGCCCGCGGUACUCUCCCCGCCCUGACCCGCGCGGUAAGUCCAAGACUCCCGUCCCCGAGCCCAUCAAGGAAGAAGACCGCGCUCUCAGGUCCGGCAGCGAAGAAGGCGAGAUCGAAGAGGAUUAG